UUCCUCCUCUCCCCUCCCCCAUAAGUUCCUCCACCAGUCUUCACUCUUAGCCCACAUUCCUCAGCUCAACUCCUCCACCCCAAUUCAACGCUAAAAAAAGAGCUGUUUUUUUCUUAUCUUUUUUCCUUGUUUAAGUGAUGGAGCAAGAAUACCCGCGACCUUUACUCGGCAGCGACGAUGUGGGCACCAGCAACUCCGUGGCCACCUCCUUUUCACACCCUUUUACCAGAAUAUCCACCAACCCUGACCAGCACAGAAUCUUGAUAGGUGAUGAACCAGAAAAUUACAAUAAUAGCGAUGAUAACGAGGAGGAGGAGGAGGAUGCUGAUGGUACAGCUGCUCCACUGACUGGAGACUGCGGCUACUCGAGACCCUUUUUGUUUCUUGACAUGAUAUGGAACUUGGCUUUUGUUGUGGUGUCUGUUUUUGUGCUUUUGGCCACUGUCCACGAACGGCCCUCCACCCCUUUGAGGCUGUGGGUUUCUGGUUAUGCUUUGCAGUGCCUUCUGCAUGUGGGAUUUGUGUGGGAUGAAUGCGAAAGACAGAGUCUUGAUGAUGAUGUUGAUGGGGGUUCUGAUUUUCUUUUUUGUAGGGUGUUCUCUUUUUCUGCUCUCUGUCACAACAGCAUCAUCAAGAAGUUGGAGUCCAUUAACACUGUUGUUUCAUCAGUCUGGUGGGUUUUCGGGUUUUACUGGAUAGUAAUGGGAGGCCAGCCCCUUCUGCAGGAUUCUCCCCGUCUUUACUGGUUGUCGGUGGUCUUUUUAGCCUUCGACGUAUUUUUUAUGAUCUUCUGCAUUGCGAUGGCGUGUAUUAUUUUCCUUCUGUUGUUCUGUUGUUUCCCAAUUUUAGCUACAGUUGCCUAUGCAAUGACUAUUGGAGAUGGAGCCUCUGAAAAUGAUAUCAGGUCUCUUCCUAAGUAUUUAUACCGGCAGCAAAAUACUGUAGGGACAUCUGAGGGUGACAAGAAGCAAGAAGUUAAAUUAACAGCGCUGCCUGGCAAUAGUAUUUACACAGCGGAACUUGUUCUUCACCCGGAGGACUCUAUAUGCCUUUACAAGUACGUGGAUGGAGCAGAGUUGUGCACACUUCCCUGCAACCACCAUUUCCACCAUAAAUGCAUUACUAAAUGGCUCCGCAUCAAUGCAACCUGUCCUCUUUGCAAAUUCAACAUUCACAGAGGCGAGACGUUGGUCUGACCAAUCCAAACUAAUACUUAUUCAGACCUGUCAACUUACAAGAUAGAAAAUGACAGAGAAUCAAAUGUUCCUAGUUUCUUGCAACUAAUGUACAGUAGAAAAGGCAAAUUCCCUGAACAGUCAAUGUAGAGGUAGUCUUGCUUUGGUUAUCUUUUAUAUAGCAAGAACUCGUACACAAGUAUGUAGUUUGAUUAUGAAAUAUUGGAAGAGCUGUUUUGGCCAUUAGUACAAUAGUAGACACCAACAGAGACAGAUUCCAACUCUUCACCAGAAGGGAUUAUAAAAAGUAAGUGGG